CUGUCAGGCUGUUUAUAUUUAACUCACCGCCCCAUUCCUGGGAAUCCUGCACCCUUCUCCGGCGGAAGACAGCCGAUCUAGGACUCUCUACUGCUGGCAGGGAUGAGUAAGGACUCUAGUGUCACUUGAUGGAGCGGCUGAGUCUGCUUGGGCUGAUGAUCUAACACCCAAGAUGGUGGCACCCAGCAGCAGCAGGGCUUUUGGAUGUGUACAUAAGGGAGACUUUUACAGGUUGACAUGGAACCUAAGCCAUCAAGAUUGCCCCGACGGAUAACAGUCCAGCCUUCCCAUACUUCACCUUUAACAGCCAGGAUGUUUAGAUCAAACAGGUUAGGAGGUCAAAGUGACGCCUAUCGCACAAGUGAUAGCGCUUUGAGACCUGAUUCAGACUUCCAGGACUCCAGCCCAUUGCGUUCAAGUAGAGACUGGGUUUCCAGAGAGAGGGAGACCAUUGAACCAUCUUGGAAGACUCCUUCAUCCAGCUAUCAGCGCUGCUCAGGGACUUAUGAUCGCCCAGUAUCUGGGAGCUUCUUGGGAAACAGAAGCAGGGUUUCAACAGCAUCACAACCAUCUUGGUAUGAUCCUUUAGAGCGGUCGCAGAGCACUUACACUGGACUGGGCAGCCAACAAGACUGGGAUUCUAAAAGACCUAAACUAUCCUAUUAUACCCCUCUUAAUGGUGCAAGGACUACUAAUGCCAACUAUACCUCCCCCUCAGAAUCAUCAAGCAGGCAUGGACGCUUUCCUAGGGCAUCAAUGUUUCAUUCUGAAUUGUCGAGGGAUCGGGACAGAACAGACACCUCUAUACAUGAGCUUGGUGAUUAUAGGCAUAGAAAUGGUGAUAUUGCUUCUUCAUAUCUUCAGGACAGAGUUUCUUCAUAUGCACAAGGCGCUAGACCAAAAGACAACUCUCUAAGCACAGUCCGACUCGACACAUCAGUCAGCCGCCAGUUGCCUUCACAGAGCCCUUCAUUUACUAGAGAUUCAAGCAGGAGUUCAAGAACAACUUCUUACAGAGACCUACGUUCUCCACAAAGGGACGUUUCCUCUGAGGUUCAUCACUCUACAAGCCGAAGUGAGGCUACAUCACGGAGUACUUCAGGAAGAAUCUCGCCUUCAUCACCGAUACCAAGAAGUGACCAAACUACAGAUGGUGAUGGCAGGCGUACAACGAGGCACCUCCUGUCGCGCCUUGCAUCUAGUAUGUCUUCCACCUUCUUUUCGAGGAGGUCCAGCCAGGAUUCUUCAAGUGGAAGAUCACAAGAUGCAGAAGAAGCGCAUUCAAGUUUACAUAGUGUUACUCCUGAACCCAGUCCUACCAUCCCUGCCAACAGUGAAGCACUAGAAAAUAGGCCUUCUGAACAAUCUCAGGGAUUUGCAUUUCUUAGGAGGAGAAGAUGGGGCAUCUCAACAUUGUCUCCAAAUCAGAGUUCAGAUUCUGAUGCUGAGAGCUACAGGUCAGAAGAUUCUGAAACUAGGACUUCAGGCUCAUGGCUGCCUUCUUCUUUCAGGAAUAGAUGUACACCUCUCUUCUCUAGAAGGAGACGGGAAGGAAGAGAUGAGACUGCUAGAGCAUCCUCUACCUCUACCUCUGACACUAGCAGAAUACACAAUCCUUUUAGAAGGGCAUCACAAGAAGAUUCUUCAUUAGAUGAAGUACAAGUCAAUGUUCCAGGGCCUGCUACAGCUAGGAGUUCUUCCCGAUCAUCAGCCUCUUCUAGCAGCAGUUCAGCUGCUGCCUCUAUAGCGGAGACUCUUUUCAGCAGGAGAAAUUCAGGAAUUUCAGGCAUGCUUCCUAGCUCUCUCCUACACUUCUCAGUGCCGGCUGCACUAGGGAGUUCCUUAUCGGACAAUGUCAUGAUAACUGUAGAUAUUAUUCCCUCAGGUAGGACAAGUGAUGGACAAGAAAGUGAAAAGACUCGAGACUCCUCAAGGGAUCCUGAGAAGCUGAAGAAAAUUAAAGAAAGCCUUCUACUAGAGGACUCUGAGGAGGAAGAAGGUGACUUAUGCAGAAUAUGUCAGACUGGAGCAUCCAGUCCAAGCAAUCCCUUUAUUGAGCCAUGCAAGUGUUCUGGUAGCUUGCAGUAUAUUCACCAGGACUGUAUGAAAAAAUGGCUGCAUGCCAAGAUCAACUCUGGUUCUAGUUUGGAAACUAUAACUACAUGUGAAUUGUGUAAAGAGAAGCUGGAUCUGAACUUGGAAGAUUUUGACAUUCAAGAGCUUUACCAGGCACAUGCAAGUGAUAGGGCAGAAUAUGAAUUCAUAAGCUCCGGAUUGUAUCUGGUCGUCUUACUGCACUUGUGUGAGCAGCGCUUCUCUGACAUGCUGGGGGCAGCUAAUGAAGCAAACACUCGGGUUAGAUUUAUUAAUCUUGCCCGGACCCUUCAAGCACACAUGGAAGAUCUCGACACCUCAGACGAUUCAGAAGAUGAACAGGUGUGAAGAAGACACACGUGCAGUUUUUCUGAAAACAUGUUACCUCUUCAGAAAAGACAACCCACCUGCAAAUAUGCAGAGAUUUGUUUAAUUUCCUGAAUAAAUACUCCAGUGCUUGUGAUGCAUAUCGAAUCACUCUUUUGCCCUCCUAUUCACUUGUUGCACUUGAUGAGCAAUCUAUUAAUACUGAAUCGGCUUACAAGAAAGAUUCCGUCAUGGGUUACAAGAACCAGUCUGGCCUUUCUUUUUUGUAACGUUUAAUCUGCCUUUCUUUUCGUUUGCUUAAACAUUGACUGUUCAUUAUCUAUGUUUUGUUCUGUUAUUUUACAUGUUGAACUAAGUGGCAUGUGUUCAGCCUAUUUCUAUCCUAUAGUAUUGCCAGCAGAGAUGACCAUUUUUGUGCUGAACUGCCAAGAGCACAGCAUAUCCAUCCUGGGAAAUCUAGCGGUAUCACAGAAUGACCAACUCCACCAUGGUCUUCUCAGGGGCACCUGUCUAUUAAAAAGGCUGAAUAUGUCCAAGUUCCUGUUACCCUUAAGGGUUAAAACGCCUUGCCUUAUUGCAGGCUCCUGUUUUAUAGAACGCCUACCCUCCAGUGUUGACUGUUUGACAAGGGUUUUUGUAUAGCUGUCUGACUUUAUCUAGGUCUGCCUUGGGACUCUUUUUAAGUAAGGGGCAAUAUUAUCUUGAAGACUUGAUGGAAAUCACCCUUUUUUUGUUUUUGUCUCUUUCCAGAUAUAUAGCACAUUUUUGCAACCAGAAAAAAAAACUUUCCAUUAAAAGUAGAGGCUACAAAAUUUUAAUCACUUGUUAUUGCUAAAAAUUGUAAGACUUAUGUAUAUUCACUUAAAAAAAAAAAAACACAUUUAAUGUUUUAGUUGUACAAUGGAAAUAAAGAUGUUGUAUGGAU